AGCUGUAGCAAUGAUGUUACGAAAAAAUAGCUUGUCAAUAUCUUCCAGUAUUACAUCUAUAAGCAGACACAAAAGCAGUGGACCCCCACCAUUGGCUGAGAAAAUACAUACUGACAAGCAUUUUCUUGGACAUGCUAGAAGUCGGCUUGACAGAUUGGGAAUGCACAGGACUAUGUCAUUGAGGAAAGUGCCUAUUCAAGCCCAAUCAACGAACAGUUUUAAAGACGUUAAGAUGCCUGUUGACAGUGUAGUUGGAAUCCUUAGCAAGCGCAAGAUUGAGAAGCAAAACUGUGAUGUAGGAGAGUCGACCAUAAUGCAAUCACAGAGAGAGAUAUCCAAGAAUGUGGACAAAAAGUUGAGCAACAUAGCUGACAGCUCAUACUUCUCUGAAGAUGUCACACCUACAAACUGUCAGUACACAAAGGAGUUAGAACUCAGAGAUUGCAAGGCAGAGGACAAAUUGUUAAAGUUCCCAAUUGACAAUGAAAAUGUUGUUUGGGAAGAAAGUCAUAUCCCUUUUACAGAUCACAUUUUCCUUAACAAGUACUUGGUCCUAUUUCCACCUGUAACCCACCGCUUCAUGGAGACGAUUAUCAGCGCAUUGCAAAAUAAUCCUGAUCUCACAGCAGACAAGAAAAAACAAAUAAUCUGGAGUUAUUUAAACUAUUUUAACUUCCACAGCGAGUUACUGGAGGAAGAUGAGGAAGACAUUCUCACGAUAUAAACAUUGUUUUAAAAUAAUUCUUGAAAAUAAGGUUGAGAAUUUCUUUUUUAUCUUAAACCUGUCAAACUUGUACAAUGGAAGAACAUAAUAAAUGCAGUGGUGUGUAUGGUGAUUAUGAACAUUACAAGAUUGAUACAAUUAUUCUCUAUAAUUUAAUAGAGUAGAAUGCAAAUUUUGUAAAAUCUUAUGUUUAUUUUGGACAUGCUAACUGGUGUUUUACGUUAAAUGCUGUACCAGAAAUACAGAAAUUAUUUCUUCAUCCUGC